AGACAGUGAUGUUUUUGUAGACAGUAGUGAGAGUAGUGAGACUGACGUAAGACCUUUAGAUCAAAAUAUGGAGGCGCAAGGGCGACCGGAAAUGUCUAAUACUAGUAAUAAUAGUAUCGAAAUACUGGAGUUUCUCAAACGAAUUGAUGGCCGACUAGUUAAUGUUGAAAAGAGGCUUGAUUCCCUAAUGGGAUUAGAGAAAAAGGUUGACAAUUUUGAUAUGGAGGUCAAAAAGCUGAGGACUGCAUUUGAGGAUAGGAACCGGAAAUUAGAGGAAAGGAUUUCAAAGGUGGAAGAGAAAACUGAGUCCGCGGACUUUUGCCUAGGUAUGGCGAAUAGUAAAAUGGUUGAGCUAGAGAAAACCGAUGUCAGACUGCGAGAGGAAGUGACUUAUCUACAGUCACACUCCAUGCGGAACAAUCUUGUGUUUAGUGGUAUUGCGGAAAGUACAAACGAAGGGCAAGAAGACGCAGAAACCAAGGUGAGAGGCUUUAUUCAUGAAAAAAUGAGGAUCGCAAAGGACAUUGUCGACAAAAUAAGCUUUGAGAGAGUGCACAGAAUGGGGCCUAAGCGUGAAGGUGAAAGUACACCCAGGAGAAUUGUGGCAAAGUUUACUCUGUUUAAGGAGAGAGAGCUUGUACGGCACCAGGGGAGCGAGCUCAAGGGUACCCCGUUCUACGUGAACGAGCAGUUCCCAAAGGAAGUGUCCGACAAACGCCGAAAGUUGGUGCCACGAAUGAAGGAAGCCCGCAGCCAAGGUAAAAAGGCAUGGAUUGCGUACGACAUACUGUUUGUCGACGGGAAGCCAGUUCGGGACUAG